AUGGCCACGACAACCGCUGCGACUGGGACUUCGGUUCCUGUUACUGCGACACAACUAUCGUCGUCAACAACGGCAGCAACAGUCACGACACCAACAUCCACAUCACCAGCAGUGGUCCCGACACCACCCACGCUCACAUCUAUAACCACCCCGCAUGUCCCAAUUCCGCAUCGUGGUGUCAAUUACCGCGGGAAACUGGUGCUCGCGCCCAUGGUCCGGUCAGGCGAACUGCCCUCGCGACUGUUGGCGCUGCACUAUGGGGCAGACUUGGUCUGGGGCCCCGAAACAGUCGACCACUCCCUAAUCGGCGCCACCCGCCGCAUCAACCCCCGCAACAACAUGAUCGAGUACACCCGCCAGCCCUCCCACGCCAACAGCCCAGCAGCAGGCUACUCCGAAACCGUCAUCUACCGCCUGGACCCGACCCGCGAAAAGAACCGCCUCGUCUUCCAACUGGGCACCUCCGACCCCGACCGCGCAGUAGCCGCAGCCCGCUUCGUCGCCCCCGACGUCGCCGGCAUCGACGUCAACGCAGGCUGCCCAAAACCCUUCAGCAUAUCAGGCGGCAUGGGCGCCGCGCUGCUGCGCACCCCGGAAAAGCUGGCGGGUAUCCUCGAGGCCCUGGUCCGCGAGAUCCCCCCGGCCUUUGGUAUCGGUAUCAGCGUAAAGAUCCGGCUGCUGGAAACGGCGCCUGAGACGGAGGCGCUGGUGCGCCGUCUGGUGCGCACGGGUAUCACCGGUUUGACGAUCCACUGCCGGACUACGCCGAUGCGGCCGCGCGAGCGCGCCAUCCGUGGCCAGCUGCGCAUGGUGCGGGAGGUCUGCCAUGAAGCGGGCGUGGCGUGUCUCAUGAACGGGGACGUGGAAGGGCGUGAUCAGGCGGAUGGGUUGGUGGCUGAGUUCGGCGUCGAUGGCGCGAUGAUCGCGACCGCGGCGGAGAAGAACCCAAGCUGUUUCCGCGGUGCUGCUGCAGGGGGGAUGGCUCCGUGGCAGGACGCCGUCACGCGGUACCUGCGUUACGCCAUGGAAGCGGAGAACAAGCUAUCUAACACCAAGUACCUGCUGGGUCAGAUGAUUCCGGGGAAAGCGCCGCAGUAUCGCAUCGUGCAGGCGGCGCGGUCGUAUGUUGCGUUUGCGCAGGCGAUGGGGCAAGAGGGGGAGGAAGAGGCGAUGCGGAUGGCGCGGGAGACGGAUCGAGUGUUGGGUUUGGGGGAGUUUGAAGUCAAGCCGGAGCCGAAGGGCAAGCAGAAGAAUAAACAGAAGCAGCAGCAGCAGCAGCCGCAACAAAACGUAGAGAAAAAGCGAAAGCGAGAGGAUGAGGAAGAAGCGAGCGGGGAACCGGCGAAGAGGGUCGCGGAUGCUCUGGAGGCUGUGCCUGUUCCGGCUCCUCCUACGGCGGCGUCGGUUGCGGUAUAA